UGUUGAUAUUUUCAACCUCAUUUACUUACUCUUGACCUUUUCCACCUUCCUCCUCCUAUCUAUUUAGUGGGGAUGGACAAAUGAGCUUUAUUUUCCCUUUUUCUUUUGGUGGGGUGGGGUGGGGUGGGGUGUGCAUUGUUGUUGUUGUUUGGGGGGUGGGGUUCAAAUUGCUUCAUAUAUGUAAUAUAUGUCUCAUUAGCCACAUCACUUAUUAGCAAACAUAAAAAACAUGGAUUGGUAUUCUUGGUUAUCCAAGACUAGCCUUGAUCAAGAACUUGUUUAUGAGUAUGGUCUUGUUUUCAACAAAAAUGAGCUUCAGAAAGAGGACUUGAUUUACUUCAAUCAUGAAUUCCUUCAAAGCAUGGACAUAAAUGUAGCCAAACACAGGCUAGAGAUUCUCAAGUUGGCUCGAAAGGAAGGCGCCGGCAGCCACGGAGAAGGAGGAGGAGGAGGAACAACAACAACCUCAUCAUCAAAUGGCCUUUCAAGACUUGUUUUGGCAAUCAACAAAACCAAGAAACUCAUUGCCAAGAACUUGAGCAAGCUCAGUUUACACCGAGGUUCGACUCAUCUAGCUCUCUCCGAGCUCAAGCCUUAUCGAACACAGUGGACCGGAGCACUGAAGAAGCUCGAGAGCUCGAAGGACCAGAGGCAAGAGAGAGCCAUCAUCACAACUAGAAGCAUGGCAAUGAAGUCAGGACCACUAGACCGAAGAAUGCAAGACAAAUUUAUGAGUGCCUCAGGGCCUCUUGAUGGGAGAGUUCAAGAGAAGUUGAUGUAUCCCAAUAGGAGUCCAAUGAAGUCUGGUCCAUUGGACAGAAGAUACAAAGACACUGCUGUUUAUCCAAGCAGAAUCAAUAAAUCUGGACCAUUGGAUGUAAAGUGUUUUAGCCCAAGGCUUAAUCACUGCUGUCAAGAAAUGAUACCAGCUGAUGAUGGGGUUGUGUACUCACAAUGGUCUUUAAUGUUUCAAGAUAUGAAGCCCACUUGACAACUCAUAUGAAGCUAUAUCAUCUUGUAAGACUGUCGGGCAGAUUCAUAGAAUCCUAGGUUAUAGUAUGUUUCUAUUUCUUUUUGAUAAUCGUGGUGUCCAGCUUUCGUGUGCGUUCGCCUCACCUAAUUCCACGGGAUGCCUGAAACCCCCCACCAAUAUGACGUACCAGUACAUCUGUCCACUACGUCUAGAAGAGAUGGAAGAAAUCGCCUAGUUUAGUAUGGGUUUUGGUAGAUAUAUGUUUGGUGUUUAUUAGCAAAAAGGCAGAAUGCACUUUUAAGGUAUGGCAAACAAGCAUUGGGAUUGAUGUCUCAACAUGUCUUGUUCUGUUGUAACCUUCUUUUCUGCAUUUGUCUAUUUGGAAGUCUUGAAUUUUAGUAUCAAAUAUGUAUGAUGGCUGGUUCAUAUCAGUGCUAUCAAAGACGCGCUGAAGCCUUGAAGAGAGGCUCAAAAGGUGUUGAGCGCUUUGAUGCUUCAGUGUCGUCAUCAAGGUUCUAAGGUAUAAUUUUCCUUGUCGAUGAUUUUCUUGUGAAGUGGCGACACUAAAAAAUUGAUAUUUCACUUUAUCAUAAUUUGUUUUCAAUUUCUUUGCUCA